UCCCAGCAACGAAGCCGAUGAGACUCGCCGGUCGUGUCUCUCGCUCAGUCCAGUUCAGACACCGAUCUCCGUCGUCUUAGCUCGCGAAGCUGCAAUCUCACCGUGCAGGCCAUGACGAACUAGCCGAAUCGGAGUGACUGUUCGGAGCUUCGCUCUCCCGGUUCGUCGUCUGUUUGGAUCUCCGCUCCUGGUUUUGUUUGUCCGGCGAUCGGGGAGCCGUGUGCUUUUUUUUUUUUUAGGGCAAAGGAUGUGGAACUUCGCGCGGAUCGCGGCCUCGAGCCUGCGGGGAACGAGGCGGCUCUCCACUGCCAUACCUGGUCCGUGCAUCGUGCACAAGCGGGGUGCCGAUAUUCUCCACGAUCCGUGGUUCAACAAGGACACUGGCUUCCCGUUGACUGAGAGAGAUCGACUUGGGCUCCGGGGCCUCCUUCCACCUCGUGUGAUAUCCUUUGAACAACAAUAUGAGCGAUUCAUGCAAUCAUAUCGGUCAUUAGAGAAAAAUACUCGUAAUGAACCGGAGAGUAUUUCGUCAUUGUCAAAGUGGAGGAUUCUAAAUAGGCUGCAUGACAGGAAUGAGACACUUUACUACCGAGUUCUAAUUGACAACAUCAAAGAUUUUGCCCCAAUAAUUUAUACCCCCACUGUAGGACUAGUGUGUCAAAAUUAUUCAGGCUUAUUUAGACGUCCUCGUGGAAUGUACUUCAGCGCAAAGGAUAAAGGAGAAAUGAUGUCCAUGAUCUAUAACUGGCCUGCUCAACAGGUAGACAUGAUAGUCCUCACAGAUGGUAGUCGGAUUCUUGGGCUUGGUGACCUUGGAGUUCAGGGGAUUGGAAUCCCAAUUGGAAAGCUAGAUAUGUAUGUUGCAGCUGCCGGUAUCAACCCACAGCGAAUACUCCCCGUGAUGCUUGAUGUUGGCACCAAUAAUCAGAAACUACUUGAAGAUCGGCUUUAUUUAGGGCUUCGACAACCCAGGUUGGAAGGGGAAGAGUAUCUUGAAAUUGUUGAUGAAUUUAUGGAAGCUGUAUACACACGUUGGCCAAAGGCAAUUGUACAGUUCGAAGAUUUUCAAUUUAAGUGGGCUUUUGAGACAUUGCAACGAUAUCGUACAAGGUUUUGCAUGUUCAAUGAUGACAUACAGGGAACAGCUGGUGUUGCACUUGCAGGAUUGUUGGGAACAGUGAGAGCCCAAGGUCGGCCAUUGACAGACUUUGUUAAGCAGAAGAUUGUUGUAGUGGGUGCUGGGAGUGCGGGGCUCGGUGUUCUUAAGCAGGCUGUACAGGCUGUUUCAAGAAUGGCAGGGAAUAGUGAAGCAGCUGCAAAUAGUCAAUUUUAUUUGCUCGACAAAGAUGGUCUUGUCACAAAAGCAAGAAAAAAUCUUGAUCCUGCUGCUGCACCAUUUGCUAAAGACCCAGGAGAAAUCGAUGGUCUUGCAGAGGGAGCCAACCUACUUGAAGUGGUUAAGAAGGUCAGGCCCCAUGUGCUCCUUGGUUUGUCUGGAGUUGGUAGCAUCUUCAACGAGGAGGUGCUUAAGGCAAUGAGAGAAUCCGAUUCACCUAAACCUGCUAUUUUUGCCAUGUCCAAUCCCACAAACAAUGCUGAAUGCACUGCUGCUGAUGCUUUUAAGCAUGCUGGAGAAAAUAUAGUUUUUGCUAGUGGAAGCCCUUUCACAAAUGUUGAUCUUGGGAACGGAAAAGUCGGUCAUGUAAAUCAAGCAAAUAAUAUGUACCUUUUCCCUGGAAUUGGUCUGGGAACCCUUCUUUCUGGUGCUCAUUUUAUCACUGAUGGAAUGUUACAAGCAGCUGCUGAGUGCCUUGCUUCUUAUAUGACGGAUGAAGAAGUUCAAAAUGGCAUCCUGUAUCCAUCUAUUAAUAGCAUUAGGCAUAUAACAGCAGAAGUUGGGGCUGCUGUUUUACAAGCAGCUGUUGCAGAAGAACUGGCUGAGGGACAUGGCGAUAUCGGGCCGCGAGAACUGAUGCACAUGUCAAAGGAGGAAAAAGUGCAAUAUGUCAGAAGAAACAUGUGGUACCCUAUCUACAGUCCCCUUGUUCACGAAAAAUAGAGCCUCCACCUUCCAAUCUAUCCGCAGAGGUUAAUAAAAUACUGGACGAGAUAAAGUGUAGCCACGCGGACGACUCGAGUUGUAGACGACUCAUGAGUCUCACGUGAAGAACGAUGAUGAAGAAAGAUUCAGGACUAGGAAUAUGCUACUACUACUGCUACGGGUGAACACACUUUUAACUCUAGAUUAUUUGUGCGGGCAUUUGCCAGGUGAAUCACUGCGGUAUUUGCAUAUGGUGGUGUUAAGACUUUAGAUGAUCAAUUUUAUGGCUGUUCCCAUACUUCUUUCCCUGAAAGCUGAUGUCCUCUUGUUAUGUGAA